GAGUGCCCGAGAGCGCUGACGUCAGAUUUUCGCGGCGGAGAAGUUCUGCGUGUAGUGUGGGCCGCGAAGAAAACACACGGUGUAUGAUAUAUGUUUGAUGGGGCCGUAUAUACGAGUCCAGCGAAAUGAUGUCCUGAUGUGGCGUGGAAUGCAAGAUGGUUAGAGAGACUAGACACCUCUGGGUCGGAAAUUUACCGGAUAACGUGCGAGAAGAACGGAUACGGGAGCACUUCAAACGGUAUGGGAAGGUUCAGAGUGUGAAGUUACGUCGCGAUGCUGACGGGGUCUCGGCGACGGUCUCGUUCAUCGAUCUGCGGUCUGCAGCCAAGGCUCACGGCGCAGAGAACAAGGUGGACGAGCGGUUACUCAAGACCGACUACUACGAACCCGCAGCGUGCGCCGCCUCAGCCAUCUUCAUCCACGAGCGCGAGGACCUGCUGCCGCCGCCGCCCUCGCAGCGUACCUCGUCCGCUUCGGCAGUCGCUGCGGUUUCGGCCGCAGGGGCUACGCCGUACCAGGGACCUGCCAGAACUGCACGGUACCCAGACGAUCGGAGCUACUACUACGAGCGUGGCGGAGAGCGGGAUCCAUACGUGAGGCGUCCAGCCGGCUACCACGAUGAAGAUGGCUACCAGAACAGGGGACGGUCGAGGGACAGGUAUGCACGCUCGACCACUUCCAUUGCGCCUGCUACAUCAUACCAGGAUGGGCCCGCUCAAAGAACGGCGAGCCAUUUUCGCAGCCAUGCUUCGUCGCGGCAGCACUUUGAACAGCAAGGAAACUACGGCGCUGGCGUCGACACGUUUGAUGAAAAGGAUGCAGGGGUCCCAGUAGCAUCGCCUGCAGGUCGGAGUGCAACCAGCAGUAGCAGCGCAUCAUCGAGACGAGCGAGUGCUGUCAGCUCUACAGUUACAUCCCCACCGUCACAGCCGGGCAGAGGGCCGCACGGUAGCGGAGGUGCGAAGCAGAAUCAUAGGUCGCGGUCAGGAGGCUCGCGGUCAGCAUCGCGGUCGCGUUCGAGCUCUCGCAGCUCGAGUGGCAGCCGCCUGGGCAGCUCUUCUUCUAAAGUGCGCUCUAGCUCCAGUGAGAGUAGUGCCCGAUCCUUGUCACCUGGGAAAGCACUGUCACCCACGCAAAAUAGCGUGAAAAGCACACGCAGUGAUCGGCCUGCAAGUACUGUGACAGCUCCUUCGGCGACUCCAUUCCUCCAGUCAGCCGUCACAGCACCCAACUCAAAUGCGACAUCAUUGAGCACGUGCCAGUCUAAUAACAACGACAGCUGUAUCAGUGAACGAGAAGACAAACGGCCUCUUGGGAUCUGUGUUCGGAACCUUCCAGUCCGUUCAACAGAUACAAGCCUCAAAGAUGGCCUCUUCCACGAGUACAAGAAACACGGGAAGGUUACAGUUGUGAAAGUCAUAGGCCAAGGCACGGAACGUUACGCUGUGGUGUGUUUCAAAAAACCUGAGGACGUGGAGAAGGCAUUGGAAGUCUCCAAGGAUAAGCUCUUCUUUGGCUGCAAAAUUGAGGUAACAGCACAUGAGGGUCUGGACGGAGAAGACAAUGAGUUCAGGCCCCUAGAGGCAGAGCUGGAUGAAUAUCACCCAAAGGCCACACGAACGCUGUUCAUCGGGAAUUUGGAGAAGGACAUCACUACUACUGAGCUAAGGAAGCACUUUGAGCAGUUUGGGGAGAUCAUUGAGAUCGACAUAAAGAAACAGGGGUCGGCAUCCUCGUACGCCUUUAUCCAGUACUCAGACAUUGCAAGUGUGGUGAAGGCGAUGCGCAAACUGGACGGCGAGAACCUGGGUGCCAACCGCAUCAAGCUGGGCUUUGGCAAGAGCAUGCCCACCAUGUGCGUCUGGCUGGAUGGCAUCGCAGACACAGUGUCAGAGAAGUUCCUGACACGAAACUUCAACCGAUAUGGCCCCGUCACCUACGUGGCCGUGGACCGGGAGAAAGGCCAUGCCCUCGUCUACUUUGACAGCCUCGAGUGCGCCCAGCAUGCGGUCUCGGAGAUGCGUGGCCGCGUCUUGGGUGGCAAGAAGCUCCAGGUUGACUUUGCUAGUCGAGAGUGCCAGACAGCGUUCUUUGACAAAAUCGAGAUGUCUGGGCAGGUCGUGCAGGGAGAGAGACCCUGGGAGCGGCGCGACCGCAGAGCUGACUUUGAGGUGCUGCGAGAUGACAGGUUUGUAAGGUAUGGCAGGUUAAGUGUAUGUCCUGCACAGCACUUGGCAUGCUCACCACCUUCUGUGAGGCCACAAUCUAAUGGCUGCCUGCCUUAUAGGGAUGGUCGUAGCAUUCCAUUUGAUGGCAGAGGAUACAGCCGGUAUGAAGCCCAACAACGCUCGAGCCGGGGUGUGUUCCGUGGUGUGCAGCGUGGUGCUUACAACAACAGAGGCCGGGGCCAGGUCUUUGCUGGGCGGUACGAAGGUGUCUAUCAUGAUGAGUAUGCAGACAGGAGGCACAGGUUCUCUGAAAAAGAAGACGGCCUCGAUGACGUUGCUCAGUAUGACGACCGGCCCGACAGGCUGAAGCAUACGGAUGGCACACCAGACUGGGGUGCUCGGAAGAGCAUUCCCAAGAAACACCGCAACUCCACCAGCGACCAGGAGAGUCAUCACAGCCAGUCCCCACCGCAGUCUCGGCACCACAGCCGUUCCCCGCCACGUUCUAAAAAGUGUUCCCUGUCCUUGUCCAAGGAUCGUGUGUCUCAGCACCAUCGCUCCAGCCCUAGUGCGUCGUCAUCUCAGCUAAACAGCCCUUCGAGGGAAGCACUAGUCGAUGGGGAUGAAACGAGCGACUCCCGUGAGGUGUCAUCUCGGAGGCGUUCAACGGACUCUCUGAAAGCAGACUCGAGGGACGGCCCUUCGUUGGCGCUGUCUUCAGUCUGCUCCAAGUUGGAGGCCUUCCAGGAUGAUAAACAUCGGUUACGGUGCAAUCAACGUCGAGACACAAUGGAUGACGUGGGGUCGACGUGCGAGUCUCCUUCGCAGUUGGAGCGCAAGAGGAGGCUUCUCGGUUUGAAAGAGAUCCCGAGACACGAAGACCAGAGCGACACCGAUGGUGCCGAUGUGGAUGAGGACGCCAAGUACUUGCCUAAACAGGUUCAGGACAUUCUGAGCUCGAGUGACGGCGAGUGCUCGGAUUCGGGCAAGAAGAAGCUAAAGAGCCCUGCAGACGUCAACUGUGCUUCGACAAAUAAACCUCGACACGCCAAAGACAUACCUAGUAUUGUUGGGAAACGCCUGUCUGUGAGCAGCAGGAGUGCGAGUCUGGACGACAGCAGCACCAAGUACUCCGGCGACCCCCUGGCAGUGAAAGUGACAAGUGAUUGUGUCUUUAGAAAACAGUUGGACCCGCGAAGACAGUUUGAACAUAAUAAGGUGUCCUCUUCCUCUGUGCGGACGCUUCUGAGGGUGAAAAAGGUGCAUUCGGACAAAUUUGAAGUGACGUGCGUGGGGGGUGAGGGGGGUUUCCAGACAGAGCUACGUAGGAGUUCCGACACGAUACCGGGGUUGGUGUCGUCAACAGACAGUGAUAUUGUUUCGUGUGCAGAACAGUUUUCACAUAAUUUUCACGGGAGACACAGUGAAGAGUGCAUCGACGAAGUGUCAUCUUCCAGCGACAACCAGGGCAAGAGGAACGGGAGCCGCCGUGACUCUAGCCCCCUCUCUCUGCCUCUGCCUAAGUUCGCUGCUGCGCUGCGGUCCCCAAAGACAUCCCCACAGGUUGUCAAUUCCCCCAAAGCUAACUCACAUAGUCCACACGAGAACUGUUUGCCAAUGAGUGCCUUGAAUUCAAAAAGUCUGCACUGUCCAGAGGUGCCUCACUCGGAGAAGCCUCCAGAGGUGGCAUCCGAGGAGAGGCCCCCACCGGAGCCUCCUGAAGCAAUAGUGGAGGCCCUUUCACCCAGCCCAUCCCCAAAGGCCCCUGCAAAGGGGCCCAAGGAGGAGUCUCAGGAGAGCUCCUCAGAUUCAGAGUGCUCCAUGUCUUCACCUAACCUUCCGUCCUUCGACGAUCAGAUCCGAGCUCUGGACGAGAAGUACAAUGCCCUAACAGUCCCCACAAGAAAUUUCGCUGUUGAAGUUCCACCGCUUAUCACAAACAUUAUUGAUUAUCAAAAAUACACCAUAAAAAAGAGACCCAGGUUUCCCGUGUUGUCUCAGGAAUUUCGAGCAGAACCUUCAGAAAUUAUGAAGUCCCUCCUGGCGAAAACAACCAUCCUCGAUCAAGACUCCAAGCGGUUGGAGCACAUCAACGAGAAGUACGAGCCGAAAGACGUUCGUCUCGACCUCUCUGCCGGGAGUAAGCCGCUCUUCCGCACCAAGGCAGCAGCGAAAGAGUUCUCAACCCCUCUCUCGGUGUCAUCUCACACGGCUGGUGGCACCUUCACAACGUACACCGCCACUGUGCCCUCUUCUGCACCCGCCACUAGUCCCGGGCUUGGCCUAGCUGAUGCAUCUCCUAGCCCCACAGUUCCUAUUUGUUCUCCGCAGAGCGCGGUGCCCCAGUCACCCGUCCUGGCACCUUGUUCUCCUAACCUCACCCGAAUGAUGCCUGCCGUAGAGUCCUUUACAAAGCAAAUCCCUGCUGUGUUGCCCACCUCGGUGCACAGCGACACACCAUCGCGGACAGUGUCCAUCAAGCGAGAACCUUCUUCGCCUGUAGCGCCAACACAGCAGCCAUUUCAAAGCCCUUCACAUUGUGGGUCACCACCACCAGCCAUAGUCAAGAAGGAGACAUCCUUGGAGCCGUCACCAACAACAGUGAAGAAAGAACCACGCCCAAAGGACGUUGUGGCUGUUAAGACGGAGGUGCAGUUAGGAAACAUUAGAGACAUUCCAGUGAAAAGGGAGCCAUCGAAUGAGAACAUCAGAAGAGACAUUAAGAAAGAGCCGUCGUCUCUCAGUGGCAGCGGCAGUUCCAGACACAGCAGCAAGGAAGCUGCACCAGGGGACCUUGCGUGCGGCUCUGUUACGGUCAAAGAGACGAGGGACUUUCAGGCCAGUGAAGGCAUUGAAUCUCCCCCACCAAUGGUUGCUGCCAUCAAAAGGAGGGUGUCUUCCAUCGACAGCAAUGAAUCAGACUCUGGGAAGUCGUCCAGGUCUAGCGACGUUUAUGCUGAACCACACGAGGUCACCUGGACCAGAAAUGAAGAUUCCAAGGCCCCGGAACCUGAGGCUAAACGACCGAGGCUUUCGCAUCACUCGAGUCGGGAGAGCUUCGAGAAAGGCCACAGCAUAGGGAAACAAAGUACAUUGCCAGGAACAACGACAACAUCAGGGAAAGCGGACAAGAGGCCAGAGAGACCACCAAAGCUCGAGAGAACAGAAAGGCAGUUAUCGACCAUCAAGUCCGAGCCAACAGAGAGGGAUGAAUACAAGCCUGCUCCAGUGACCGAAUCAAGAAGGGAUAGUAACAGGAGCAGAGACGACAAGAAACCUAGGACGAGAGAGAACAAGGAAAAAUCAAAAGACAGAUCUAGGGAGUCCCACAGGGAAAAGGACUCGAGCAGGGACAAGGAAGGUGUGAGCGAAAAGAGUAGGGAGAAAGAAACAAACCGGGACAGGGAAUUGGCCAAGGACAAAGAGUCUAGUCGGGAGAAAGAUUCCUUCAAGGACAAGGAUUCCUGCAGAGAGAAGGAGUCUAGCCACGAAAGGGAAAGAAUCAGAGAAAAGGAACCCAGCAAAGAAAAGGAGCUCCACAGAGAGAAGGAGUCUAGCAGAGAAAAGGAACUCCACCGAGACAGAGAUGAGGGCAGGGAGAAGUCUCAGGAGGGCAGGCAUGGGUCACAAUCGUCUUUUGGUGGAAACAAAUCCAAGAGAGAGCACAGGUCUGAAAGAUCAGAAAAGGACAAAUCUAGAUCUGAGAGAAAAAGCUCCAGCGAUCGAUCUAAGGACUCCAAAUCAAGGUCGAGAAGCAAGGCUGAGUUUGCAAACUCUGCUGCCCUCGCAGCAGAGUUCUGUUUCUUGGAUGAUGAGCCAGUCUACUUCUCGAUGUAUGACAAGGUGAAGGCAAGGUCCAGCCAGAACCAGACCCUGAAAGACCAGGCCAACAUGGAAACCAUGCGACAAAAGUUCAGCAGACUCAAACAGAGCCGUGCUAAAAAGGGAAAAUCAGCAGACAUGGAUUCAGAUCAUGAUUCAGACCUUUCUAGUCACCACUCAGACUCUGACUCGGAGACAAAAUCUAGGAUUUCUCACAAGCCCAAGCAGCUCUCCAGGAAAAGGAAGCAUGUGAUCGAGAGCUCUUCAGAAGAGAAUGGUCCUUCCUUCGGCAUGCGGCUGAUGCACAAAGGUGAAGACAGCAGUGAUCUGUUUACUGACUCUGAUGCAGAAUCGUUCAAAGAUACGCACCUUCUAAAGACAAAAGAAAGGAAAGUUGACCUUUCUGAUGUGGAGACGUCUGACUCUGAUGAGCCUUCACACAUGCUCAUGUCAUCGCGGAAAAAUAAAAUCAAACAGAAACACUUUGCAGAGAAACCAAAAGUCAAGCACAACAAGUCUGAUGUUGAAAGUUCCGAUGCCGAUAUCAGUCGCUGUUUUAAGCGUAAAGAACACAAAAAAAGAAAACCACGCAAGAUAAGUGUCUUGAAGUCUGAUCCAGAAGCAUCUGACGACGAACCUUGCUUGGUAAACAUGGAAGACAUUAAGAUGCUGAGACAAAAAGGUACUAAAUCCGAACCCGAGAAUAAGCAUGACCAUAGCUCACAUGUCAAAGAAGCCUUCACAAACAAACCGAAGAGGCCUAGCAAGGAAGGUGAUGAUUCAAAGACAGAAGCUGAUGACAGUACAAGGCAGAAGCACUCAAGCAAAAAGAGGAAGAAGUCAAAGAAGUCGGGAAAGUUAAGAAAAACAUCAGAGAAGGGGAGCUCCCUGCCAGCACCUAAGCAUGUUGACAACUGGGAAGCAGGAGAUGAAUCCUCUGUCUCUUCGAAAUACAUUGGAUCACCGAGGCAAGCUACCAGCUCGCCACCCGUACUGCAGCCAAAUAUCUUCUCGGACGCAGAAAUGAAGUCUGAGUUCUCAGACUAUGACUUUGAAUGUGCUAUGAAGCGAAAAGAGAACGCUCUAGAUAUGUGGGAAGAGUUGAAGCCUAAAGUGGGUACAGAAGAGGAAUUUGCACCUUCAAAAGAAGAUAAAACUGAUCAAGAUGAAACAUUUUGCGAGACAAAAGAAAACAGUUCCGAGCAUAACAAGUCUGGUGAUUUGGGAAGCUUGCACACUGAAUGCAGCCAUGACGCUCACGUCAUUGGUGGCCCAGAUGAUCGAAAAGGAGGGCCACUUGACCUGGAGGACGUCACAUACGAUGAUGUUACGUGUGAACUUCCAUCAAACAGGAACAUCAGUACAGAUGAAGAGAACAAAGAGCUAAAGGCCGAUGAACCAAAGCCCUCAUCGAAAGAACACAAGAAGAAGAAGAAGCAGCUGAAAGAAAAGAGGAAAAGGCACAAGGAAGAACAUGCGCCUAACAGCCCUAUGCACGUGCACAGCGACUCGGCUGUAGCGCCUUUUCCAAGCUCGUCCACUGUAGACGACGACAGCAAGCUCACCGAAGACAUCAGGCUGGAUGAGGACAUCGUUGAAGAAGCGCGUCGUCUAGAGGAGGAGCUGCUGGCGCAGACGGAAGAGACGAGCACGUUUGGAGAUGGUGACGGUUUGCCACGCAGGGAUGAGAAACCCCAGCAGGUGGAACGUCACUUUGAAGAAGAAGCUGCUAAAGAAACAAAACGCCUGGAAGAAGAGCUCUUCUCCUCUGGUAGAGACUCAUGGCACACCGACAAAGUGUACGAUGAUGUGGUGACCUCGAAAGAGGUCAAGGAGGGUGGGUCUUCACCUGUCAAGGAGGAUAUCUAUGGUGGUCUUGUCCCAUCUGAAGGGCACCACUCAGGCUCAACUCAUUACAUGACAAGCCACGAUGCAUCAGAGCACUUUAAACUUGAUGAUAAGGAGCCAUCCUCCUAUGAGCUAGACAGCCCGAGGAAGAUGGAGGAUGACCUGGCUGUCUAUGCCCUGCUGCAGGAAAUGGGAAAUGACGGCAUCUCUGCUCCUGAGCUCCCAAAAGAGGCUGACUACCUUGAACCUAUUAUUGAAGAGCACCACCAACAGCCACCCGAAGAAGAGCCACUUGGCUUCAUGUUGCCAGACGAAAGUUCAAGCUCGUUGCAGAUCGACACUUCAAUGCCAGACCUGACACAAGAGGAGAGUCGCGAGAGCCCCGCCGUCCUGGAGUUCACCAAUUCCAUCCAGUCGCUGCAGCAACAGGAACAAUCAGAGAAAUCUGCAGAAGUGCCAGUGGAAGAAUCCUCUUCCGAGUGCAACCAGAACCAAACAUCAGAACAGACGAAAGAAGACAGUUCUGUCACACCUCCACCCCUGGGUGCUGGAUAUGAAGAAUCCAAUACUGAACCCCCAGGCGAGCUUCCAGACUUGACAAAGUGUGCAGUACAGGCUGAAAGUCAAAGUACUUCUGCAGAAGAGUCAGAGAUUUCCCUGAUGCCGCAACAGACAGAAAUGAACAGGGUCCAGAGAAGAAGGAAGAGCAACUCUAGGUCUGAAGAGCCACAAAAUUCUGACAAAUCUGAUACCGAUGAGGAGGGCAGUGAAAUCAACAGGGACUACCAAGAACAUUUACAACAGCUUCUUGGUGAAGCUUUCCCACCAAGGAGUGACGAGCUUGAGGCAUCAAACUCUAAUGCCGAAUUUGGGCAACUUACUGCUUGUGAACAGCCAAAGGAGAAAUCUCUUUCUCCAUCCAAAGCAGCUACAUCUCAGUUUGAGGAAGAACUGUCUUUGGCACCUUCGACAGACAUGUAUCCACGUGCCAUGUCGCCGCCUCCGCAGCAUCAAGAGGAAACUUGUGGUGUUGUGCAAGUGCCAAAGGAAAGUGCUUCACUUGAACAAACCAACGAAGGAGAGAGCAAACCCGAUCUUGAAUGUCCAAAUGAGAAGACUUCUGGCAAUGAUGUAGAAAGGAUUCAGCAACAGGUUCCAACAGAAAAUGACAGCAGUAAAGACCAGGAUAUGUUUGAUGACAUGCCUCACAGCACCCCAAUCCUUGAGAUCAUUGAGACCUUGAGCUCGCCAGUGGGUGACGCUGAAGCGCAAGACGGAGAACGUGAUGGCUCCGUACAGCAGGAAGUGGAUUCCUCUGGUGAACAGCAAGAGCACUUGCUGUCCGCAGAGGAAGAAGCUGCCCCUGCCCUCUCAGAGUCACCUGCAGUGGAAUGUGUGAAGAGGAGGCCAGGAACUAGAAGAGGUCGGCGAACAAAAUCUCGCCGUGCAUCUCUCCCACGAUUCGAAGUAGCAGAGACACCUCCAAGGCAGCCAGGGAAACGUGGACGUGCAACUUCUGCUGACAAGGCGAGGCGUGGACUUCGGUCUGAUACUGUCGAGAAUCCGUCCUCAGAAAACGAGGACAUGUGUAUCCAAUCAAGCGGAUCCAAGCCGGAUGUUCCGUCUCUUGAGGCUGAGGUUUCUGACACCGAGAACCAAGCACAGCCCCAGGAGCAGGAAUGUUCUGAACACUUGGUGUCGUUUGAGAAUGUCUCGAAAGAUAGCACCGAACUGAGCAGGGUGUCAGCGUCUGCAGCAGAGAAUGCCAGCGAGAGCUCCCCCUUGGAAAAGAAGCUGUUAGACUUGCCUGCAGACUCUCACAAAGAAGAACCUAGGAAACGACGUGGCAGGAAGAAGAAGAACUCUGGCGAACACCAUUCUGGACACUUCUCUCCACCACCCAAUGUGGAGAAAGGAGAGCAAAAGUCUGACGAACUUGAACAGAAGGAGUUGGAAAAACAGAAGGAAGUACGUCCAUGUUUCUCUUCUGGCAGGCAAGCUCAGCAGCUCGACCACAAGGCAGCCAAAGGAAACCCAAGUGCAUACGAUGUUUAUGAAUUCAAGGAUUCUGAAGAUGAGGAAGAGCAGUCUUACAACAAUGACAGGCAAGUGGCAGUGGCACAGGAGAAGCACCCAGACAAGCACCAGGAAACAGCUAAGCCACACAGUCACGAGCACGGUCAUCAUGAAAGUAGGUCCGUCCAUGAUUCGUCCCUCGAAAAGCGCCACGAAGACUCAAAAUACAAAGCGUUCCACCAUGACGAAAAGGAAGCGUCGACUAAGGAAUACGUGACAGAGCUUAGCCAGCAUGGAAAAAUAUCCAUCACAAUACGUCUUCACCAGAAAGAUGGCCACGACGGCAGUACCUCCAGCACAGCCGAGGUUGUGAAAACAUCUGAGGCUGUUGCAGGAGAAGAUGUCAAGACGGAGAACGUGCGAACUGAGAAGCCUAGUAGCACAAAACAGGACGUACCAGAUGGUCAUCAAAUGAAAACCAGAAAAUCCGCACGUCUGAUGUCUCAGGCUUCAAAGACCACCAUUGAUGAAGUGAUUGAGGAUGUGGUUAAAGGGAACUUCAAGGCCACAGACGAAGAAGGAGAACCUCACACGGAAGGCCCCCUGACGAGGGCAGCGAGGAGAACGAGGUCUAGUCGCCGUGCUGAGGAUCCCAUCUGCAAAAUUGAAGACAACUCUGACUCACAAAAGAGCAAAAGUGAGCAGACGUCCGUCACCUCUGACAACAAGGUCAAGGACGUUACCGAAGAUGUAAAAGCAUCUGGAGGCACAGUAGUCCAAGCACAGGAACAGCCAGUUCCAAAAGCUGAUCCAGAGCCUCCCAAGUCUGAAGCAAAGAUGUCCCUUCGAUCAUUCAGAUUCACCCGCUCAGCAGCAAAAUGUGACCAGCAGCAGCAGCAGCAGAAGGAGCAGGUCACCAACAAAGAGGAGACUCAGGAUAAAGAUGCUCCUAAGGAGGAAACAGCAGCUCCUCAAAAGGAAUCCCAUCAGGAAACAUCUCAGCCUGUUGCCCCAACAGUCCCUGUGCUGAAGGUAGAGCUUCCUAAAGUGCGGGCUAAAGAAGAGGCCAAGAAUGCUGCGUGUGAUGCAGAAGAUGACAGUGAUUCUCGCUCUAGCCCAACAGAACUUAUAGAUCCUGUCACAGGUUUUCUAACACCUGUGAACAAAAGCGGAGAGACAUCAGCUGUGGCCAAGGAACCUGUGGUGCCACCCCUCAAGGCUCGCAAGCAGGCUGUUGAGCUUACAGAGCAGGCUGCUGCUGCUCCUGCAACUCCAAAGGAACCAGUAAUUCAAACGCCAUCAAUUGCUGUCACACCUAAAGUUCCAGAGGCGACUGGGGAUGCCGCCGAGCCUAAGCCAUCCCCAGAACAGCAACACCGAUUGCCUGUGCUUGCUCAUGCUGGGGCGCAGAGGGAGCCAGCAGCUUUGCAACAGCCAGCUGCACAACCAACAACACCGUACCGCCCACCACUUCUUGUCAGUAGUGCAUCGGAGACUCCAAAACCGCCAACAAUUCGCGUAACAGUGGAGGAACCCGUGGCCAGUGUGCCUGUGGCAAACAAACCAGCGGAGCCAAGUGAGCCAGCUGUGUCUCUGGCACAACACUUUGGAAGUGCCGGUGGGAAAGUGGUUCUGCCGCCUGUUGGACAGCCAGCGGUUUCUUCUCAAAUGCCCCAUGCAUGGGCAGCGGGACGCACAGUGGUGCCACAGUAUCCAUCCUUUCCAUCCAUCUCGUCUGCAAGCUUGGCUGCGUUGUCUCCAGGACAACAGCACAGUCCUCGCAUGGCAUGUCCUCAGAGUGCAAUGCAGCCUGGGGUCGGCCACCAAUCCGUAGUGAGAAUGGCAGGAACCCAGCAACACCAUCAGAUGCAGCAGCAGCACAUUCAGCACCAGCACAUGCAACAGCAAAUGCAUCAACACCAGCAAUUGCAUCAGCAACACCACAUGCAGCAACAGCUGCACCAGCAACAGCAAAUCCAUCAGCAACAGAUUCACCAGCAACAGCAGAUUCACCAGCAGCAUCAGAUCCAUCAACAGCAUCAGAUGCAGCACAUGCAGCAACAACAGAUGCAGGGACAGCAACAUAUGCAGCAGCAACAAGCUCAAGAAACUGGUACCAAGGUGACCCCUGCUGCACACCCUCCCAACAUGCUGGUUGGCAUACCAUCCAUUGCAUCGUCCCAGCUGCACUCUGGUCAAGGAAAAGUAGAGAAUCACCCAAGCGCGAUUCACUCCCAUCACACCGAGCACAAACAGGGUGGAGUAACCGCAGGACAUCUGCCUCACAUACAUGGCAAACCUGUGGACACGUUCCCCAUGUCAUCGCAGACUUCUCUAGCAGCAGCCCGAACACCAAGCCGUACACCUCCCACCUCAGUUGGCCGUCCCCAUGUUGUCGAAGCCCUAUCGGGCAGUCGCUCAGCUGGGGUUCCUCCUCCCAUGGCUGUUGCUACAACGAGCAAAGCACAUGAUCAGAGGAGUGCCAAGGCAUCCACUUCGCAUCCUCAUGCUUCCAAGCAGAACCCAUCUUUCCUUCAGCCAGGCUUUUCUGGCUACGAGACAACCAUGGCUGGGACCUCCCAUACUCCAACCACCUCUUCAGUGACUGCAGGCAACAGCGGUGGAGUGAUAGCGGAACUCUUGCAGAAUCCUCACCUGCUCCAGCAACACAAAAACUACUUAGUUGCAUCCCAGUACAUGACCGGGAGUCCCUUGGGACGUCCGGGCGGGUCUUCAGGUCUACACGUGGGCAACCCAACGCCACCUCACACCCCUACACCUCCUUCGGACCUCCUCCAUCUGCGCACUCCACCGGGGCAGGGCCCACCGCUACUGAUGCCAGCUCACCCUCACCUAGGCCUGCAUCCUGAGCUCUCUGCAUACGUUCAUCAGCAAAUGCUCUAUGCAGCUGCCCACCAAAACUAUUCCAUGCAAACGGAUCUACACGCACAGCAAGAAGCACGUGCUGCUCUAGGUAUGGCCCCAAGGUUCGCCUACCCGCCAGUGGCGGGGGGCUUCCGGCCUCCCCAUGCCCCUUCGGAAGGAGGAAAGCAUGACGGGACAGAAGGAAAGGCCCGCAUCAAGCAGGAGGGCGAACCCAAGGCCUGCGAACAGAAAGAGAACAAAGCUGAGAGUGCACCACGACCACCUGCGGGGGUACCUUUCCCCGCAUCACUGCGACCUCCGGCUCAUCCAGUUGGAACAUCCCCGCACGAACGUGUGACUGACUCGCCAGCGGUGGCCAGCCCCUAUUCGCGUGUACCCCUGCCGGACAAGGACAGGGGAAGCAAAUCAGAGGAGUUGAAGCCCCCGCUCGCCCAUCAGAGCGCACCGUAUCACGGAAGUCUGGAAGGAGCAGCUCUUGCACUCAAGAAGGACUCUCCUCUUCUCGUACACCCUGUGGUUCCGGAGCAGAUGUUACAGGAGCUGCAGAAGAAGGGAGGCUUUGGGGAACGGAGACCUCCUCCUCCACUGCAGACGGGGCUUGAAGCUUCCCUGCACGGGGGACCUCCGCCUGCGCACGCCCUCUCGCAGCCCACACCUGCAGCUGUCCCUCGCAGCCAGCCUCAGACACCGCCUCAUGCUAGUCAAGUGCCCCCUCAAGGAGACUCAUCCCUAUUAUUGCGGUACCCAGUUAUGUGGCAAGGACUGUUAGCUCUCAAGAACGACCAGGCUGCCGUGCAAAUGCACUUUGUAUCCGGGAAUUCGCACAUUGCCGUUGCAUCGCUACCACCGAUGGCUGACGGGGGUACACCACCAGUGCGCAUAACACAGCGGAUGCGACUAGAACAAACGCAGCUCGAAGGGGUAGCUAGAAAAAUGCAGAUGGUAGAUGAACACUGCAUAUUGCUAGCACUACCGUGUGGCAGGGAUCAUAUGGACGUUCUGCAGCAGUCCAAUAACCUUCGAAAUGGUUUUAUAAACUACCUUCAACUUAAGCAAGCAGCAGGCAUUGUCAACUCUGCUGCCCCUGGCUCUCAACAGCCUGCUUACGUGAUUCACAUUUUCCCAUCUUGUGAUUUCUCCAAUGAGAACAUGGCACGCAUUGCUCCUGACCUCCUGCACAGCGUCAGUGACAUUGCUCACCUCAUGGUCAUCAUAGCUACAGUGUAAUGUGCUCCCCAGGACAUUCUGCACGUGCGUAGACUCUCCCCAGAUGAAGUUGCACGGUACAUGGCACAGUGCAACUUCUGUUUGAUCUCCUUGUCUUCAUGCAAGUGUAACAAUGGUGCUCCACAAGUUAUCUCACUCAGACUGAAUGGCAGUGACAGAAAAAGUUUGGUUGUAAAUGGAGACUUGUACAGUGUAUUUUAGUGUUAAGGCACAUUUGCUAUCAGGGUUCUCUGUGACUUAAAUGUAUUGUUGUUCUUUCUGUUGCUUCGUUCUGGAAAUAAUCGAAGGCAUUUUUUGGGGGAAGGGUCAACUGUUGGAACAUGUUAGAAGAGCAAGUGCGAGCCAAUGCUGUAUCUGUCGUGCUGGCCAUUGGUUGUUGUCUUGCUGUACAUACAGUUACCAUGUGCGUGUAAAUAUAUUUAUAUAUGUAAACAAACAACCACAACAACAACAAAUAUAUAUAUAUAUAUUCAUAAUGACAGUGCUACAGGAAAUGGGGGACUCUGACUGAUGAUACUAGAUGCAGGCUCAAACUAUGUGAUAAAAAAUAUAUAAAUAUAUAUAUAUAUAUAUAAAAGACAAUUUCGAAAGCUGAAUAUGUAAAUAAGAUGCUCUCUUGUAAAUUUAUCCCAUCCUCUAUGUGGUAGUUACGUGCAAGAUCCUAAUGUCUCCUGUACAGUUCUAUAGUAUAUAUACUGAUAGAAGAAAAUCAGGGAUUUCACACCAUUACACAAAAUAUAGAGAGAGUAAAAGAAAAGAUAUCAUUUAGUUAGUGUUGAAGCUUCGGUGUGUUUUACGAAACAUGGUUGUGGAGAGGAGGACGACACAUCUAACUGUACAGCCAUGAGAUAAUGUCGCCCCCUAACAUUCUGCCAAACUUCUUUCUUGCUGUAUUAUGAGUUGAACAUUACCACUUGAUGUUGUACAGAAUUUUCAUCAUUUCAUGCUUGUUUAUGCAUCUCAUUUCAUUUGUACAGAGGAAAAGUUGUACCUGGUAUUUUUUUUUUUUCUUUGUUCUUCCUGCACAAAAACAGACUAUGUAUGUCUUACUUGUUCCCUGGGUGGGGGUGGGGGGGGGCAGGUGUCCUACGUUGCGUGGAGAUAAGUAAUUCUUAAUGGUUGAAAGCUUGUACAUCUGUAAGCUUGUACAGUUUGUAUAUAUGUGUGUACCGUACUAUCUGUACAUUUCUCUUUCUCUCUCUCUCUCUCUCUCUCUGUCUCUCUCUCACACAAAACACAUUCAUUUGUGAAGUCCACUACAGCAACUUCAAAGUUCUAAGGCUGACGAUUGAAUCGAGCGGCAACACUCUGUCCUUGUGGCACUCUUCAAGGGCGCAUGUGGCACAUAGAAACAAGAACGAUACAGUUUGCAAGAAAUUGGCGUAAAGUGUUAUAAUUUAAACGGCCCGUGCGUGCACGAUUAUUGUUUACAGCCCGAGCAAGCCAUGUCAGGGUCCUAGUCAUAGUUGAAGAAAUGAUUGGAGCUUAACUGAUGUAGCAUAAUUUGUCAUGCUCAUAGCUUUUGAGCUUUUAGAAAAGAAAAAAAGCAGCGCAGUAUGCAGAACACUUUCACGGAGACCAGCAUGCAAAAUGGGGAGGAAGGGGGUAAACGUAAUUUGAUUGAGAGAUGGGACUUCCGUAAAGCGCAAGGGCAAUGUGUUGCACGUCAGAUGAGAUAAGCGGGGGGAUGGCCGGCAGGCUAUCCCCACUAUUGCUGUUUUCUCCUAUUUGCUCAAACCAUUUUUCAGAAUACGAAGCUGGUACACAUGUGCGUGCACAUAUGUACGCACGCAUCAAUAUGUACGCAUAGAAACUUGUGUAUAUAUGUAUAAUGUGGUCCGUACGAGAUAUCUUCACUUCAUUUGAUGUGAUUAUCAUUCAUCUUCAUCCGCUCUAUUUUUGAUGUGAGAGAUUGUCUCCUGUUCUCUAUUUUGUGUGGCCAGCCCAAAAACCCAGCACCCAUCAACUGCUGUACAUAGAAUCCACCCCACCAGGGGUGUCUGGGUCGAGCAAACUGGCAUUUGUGGUUUGUUUUCUCAGCCGACACCAUGCAGAGCAGUGAUAUAUAAGUUAUUAGUAACGUAAAUAAAGAGGAGAUGUAACAAAUUAAAA